AUGAAUAGCUUGAAUAUAGUGGAAGCGAGAUGUCCGGUCGAUGUGCAGCAGUUGGUGAAGGGACGCUAUCAGGAUAACUACGAGUUUGCCAUGUGGUUUCGUCUCUUCUACGAGGCCAAUUUUGAGCAAUUGCCGCCUGACUAUAAUCCGCAUAAUAUGUAUACGCGAUUCGAUGCCAAUUUCCAUUGGACCGUCGCGAAUGUUGCCUCCGCCGGUGCCGACGCUGAUGCCAAAGCGCCGAUCUCUAAGCGUGCCACAGGAGAAGGCAACAAUGCCCAGAAAGUCAACAACGAUGCGAGUGCAAAAGCAAUCCAAGGAUACAAAGCUCAAAGCGAUGAAUAG